AUGACAAAGCAGCUCCCCGCACUAGCCGAAGGCAGUAUGGCGUGUGUUCGUGUUAUGCCGAGUUGCCGUCGGGUCCGCCAAGUUAUGCAGCUGAAUUCAUACUGCACAUCUCGACGACUCGACACGCACAUUCAUCCAUAUUUUCCAGCCUGCAUGUGGUCGGGUUCGAAGGAGAUAUCGGAACUAGUGAGUCGAACUCCGGACCUGGCAACGGAUAUGAAGCGUGAGGGUUUCAAAUCCAGAAACUUCUGUCUACAGAACAUGUGUCGUCGUGUUGGCGGUUCCUAUCAAGCGGGACAAACAUUCCAGACGCAUUUCUGCUCAUGCGAAUGGGUGCACAGAGCACGAGGCAGCGGAUGGCCAUUUGGUACAUACAGUAACGCCGCAUCCGAAGCCCCAAAGAUAGCACAGCCCCACUUGUCUUGGGUUGGCGCUGUGCAAGUUAUGCAUUGA